GAGGAAUCGCGCGAUUGCGGCAACCACUGUACGAGUGGCUCUGUGGUGGUUCUGUGGUAGCGGUGGUUCUGUUGUGGUAGCGGUGGUUCUGUGUGGUACUCGUGGCUCUGUGUGGUAUUCGUGGCUCUGUGUGGUAGCGGUGGUUCUGUGUGGUAUUUGUGGUUCUGUGUGGUAUUUGUGGUUCUGUGUGGUAUUUGUGGUGCUGUGGUACCGGUGGUUCUGUUGUGGUAGCGGUGGUUCUGUGUGGUAUUCGUGCCUCUGUGGUAUUUGUGGCUCUGUGGUAGCGGUGGUGCUGUGGGGCCGGUGGUUCUGUGUGGUACUCGUGGUUCUGUGUGGUACCGGUGGUGCUGUGGUAUUUGUGGUUCUGUGUGGUAUUUGUGGUUCUGUGUGGUAUUGAGUGGUACCGUUGUAGUCGUGUAGCAGUGGAGCAGGAGGACGCGGCUACCACUGGAGCCUGAGUACGCGGCUCACGGGACCCAGCACCAGUUCACACGACCGCCGGGCCGCGAUGGUGGUGGAGGUGGAGAACUUCUUCGGCGUCUACAUGCUGUACUGCACCAACCCAAAGUUCAAGGGUCGCAUCUACGUGGGCUACACGGUGGACCCUGAGCGCAGGAUCGGGCAGCACAACGGCGGCCGACGCAAGGGAGGCGCCUUGCGCACCAGCGGUCGUGGCCCGUGGGACAUGGUGCUCAUCGUGCAUGGAUUUCCAUCCGACAUUGCAGCUCUGCGGUUUGAGUGGGCGUGGCAACAUCCCCAGCGCUCACGGCGGCUCACCCACGUCGCACGGAGACACCGGUCCGAGAACUCCCUGCAGCUGCACUUGCGCGUCCUUUGGCACAUGGUGCGUGUGCCGCCCUGGUGCCGCCUCCCGCUCACCCUGCGCUGGCUGCGCCCGGAGUACCGCGAGGACUUCCCCGUGGGCAUGGAGCCGCCCCUGCACAUGCCCGUGGCGUUUGGGCUCGUGCGGGCGAAGGCCAGGCCCUGCGGUGGCUCCCGAACGCAGCAGCAGCAGGGAGAAGUCGCGGUGCAGUCCGUGAAUCCGAGUCAAGCGGCCGGCACAGCAAGAUGCGUGUUAUGUCGCCAGCGCAUCCAGGAGGAGGAGGAUGAGCGCAUGUCGUGUUUCCACCCGGGCUGCCGUAUGGAGGCUCACAUCACUUGCCUGGCCCGGGAAUUCCUGAAGACGGACCCUACACAGCUGCUGCCUGUGGAGGGCCAGUGCCCAGGCUGUAAGAAUGCAGUGCUGUGGGGGGACCUGGUGCGCUAUAAGAAUGGAUGCUACGGGGACUUGGAGGAGAUCAUCUCAUCGUCACAGGCUCACUGGGCAGACGAGGUGCAGUUCUGAGCCAAGGUGAAUGAACGACGAGAACGAGUUUGUGGGGCUGCGUUUAGACGUUUUGGCGACGCUUGUUGGCAUCCCAAAGACACAGCGGCAACGCACCAUGGGUUGGGUCGACAAGAGGCAUUGAAAUCAACGUCACGUGGUGCCGAGCCCGCCCGAAGCGCUCUAUGAAAUACAAAUCGAGGGCGUGGCCAUGCACGACAGACAAAUAAUCCCUGGUGGGCAGUGUGGAACUGUUGUUCCUACCUGUAAAACAUACAAUAUACCUGCAAAUUGUUGAAAUAGUUGCCUAUCGUUUUUAUACUGUUCAUUACUGCAUUUUUAAAUAAAUUAUUUCAGUAUCAAGACAGGUGCUGGCUUCACCUACUCAAAGCACUGGAGACUCUGUUCGAUUCCAGACUGGGGUGAGAGAUUACAGAGCAUGGGAUGCUCCCCGGUAUCUGCACGCACGGUUAUUUUCCGGCCUGUGGUGUCUCAAGCAUGUGCAGGUGAAAGGUAUCGUAGGCAGCUGAAUAAUGGAGCAGUCUUUGGGUGGCAGUGGUACAGCAAGUGGAUUAAUCUCCAUCUGUGCAGGUAUUGUGUGUAUACCUGCUUCGCACAUGCAGGCUUACUCCAAAGUGUAUCAAGUCAUUCGUGGAGUUGACCAAACAUCCCAAUACAGGAUCACAGAACUUGGGCAAUUCUUGGCACCGGUUCUGGUUGUCUGUGGUAUCCCACGUGGACACAAACACCGAUUCUCAGACUGCCCCAAAAUUUGGGUCUGGGUGGCAGGAAUUUGUGCUAUCUGGUGCCGGUGUUGUGUUUAACACACGUCCAAUAUAAUGCAAAGUUUUGGUUGG